AACGGAAAUCCUCUUGCAAUCGUGUAUAGAACACAUCUGCUGUUUCUCACGUUUGAGCAGUUCAAUCCACUGCUGACACACUUAUGUAAUAACCCAGAUGAAAUGCAAAAAAACAAAACAAAAGAGGGACUCACGCUACAGAAUGGAGAAACUGGAGAAUAUAGGAGUUUUAUAUACUGUACGCAUAAACGUCAAUUUAAUUCAUACUUGGUUAUUUAAAAUAUUCAAUUUACAGCCGUUGCUCCAGGUCAGGGCGAGCAGUGGUCAACAGGGAAGGAAGAGCCUCUCGGACAGUGGUCAGAAUAACAAUGUGACUCACGAAAUAUGUAAAAUUAAUGUGAACGACAGGGGAAUUAAAAUAUGUUUUAAAAGCGCAUGGCAGUAAUAAAGUCUAAAUAAAAUACAGCGUAUGAUGACACUGGCGUAAGAGAAGCACAGUUUGCUCCUUGUGUUCCAUUUUUAAACAGAACAUUUUACACGUAAAAUUAUUAAUUAAAAUAAAGUUAUUUUAUUUUAUGUUGCGAUCCUCAGGCCGACUAAAAAUAGGUUUGGUCCCUGAACUGAACAUCAUAGACCGGCCAUCCGACCUAGAACUGCGCACUGAGCGGAGCCGCGGGAGCGCGCCUGUGCUCGUGCACGGCCGUCAGUACCAGGGACAGAGCUCGGCGCGAGAUUGCUGCAAGCAGCUCACUCACCCUGAGCGUCCGAACCCAACCAACACCGCGAACUGGGGCACAGGGAGGAACGGACAGGUUACAUUUAUACAUGCAUGGCAAAGGCAUCUACAGCAUCCAGGACAAAGGCUGGAAGAUCAAGGCAAUUCCACAGACCUUUCUCAACAGUUGCCUCUAAAAGCGGAUCUAGUUCAGUAAAAUAAAAACAAGGAUACGUGAUAUUUCGGCAAAUUAAAAGAAAAAGGGGAAAGGUUUCAUACAGAUCUAUUCAUGUUCCACAUGCAGGCGAGGACAGAGCACAUUCCUUUGCAGAGCAUAUUGAAAAUGAUUUUUUCCAGUGACAGCAAAUCCCUGAGCUGAACAGGCUCACAGAGCACAGGAUAGCCAGCGCAGCCGAGGAGACAGACCGACCGACAGCUCAGAGUGACUCUCGUCGUGUCCGCAUAGUAGUUCAGUCUUUCACACGAUGCGCUUGUUUCUGUUGGCGGUUUUCUUCUCCUGCUCCUGCGCCAGGGGCGGCUGCGAACCCAAAAUGGUGAAUAUCGGGGCUGUCCUGAGCCAGAAGAGGUACGAGCAGGUCUUCAAAGACGCAGUGACUCAAGCUAAUCAACUGUACGGGAAAGAGAAGUUCAAGAUGAAUGCCAUCUCCGUCACCCACAAGCCGAACGCCAUUCAGAUGGCUCUGUCUGUAUGCGAAGACCUCAUCUCCAGCCAGGUGUAUGCUAUCCUCGUGAGCCACCCACCACAGUCUAAUGACCACCUGACUCCCACUCCAGUGUCCUAUACUGCUGGCUUCUACCGCAUCCCUGUGGUGGGACUGACCACCCGCAUGUCCAUCUACUCUGACAAGAGUAUACACCUGUCGUUCCUGCGCACGGUGCCCCCCUACUCUCACCAGGCACAUGUCUGGUUCGACAUGAUGCGGGAAUUCCGCUGGAAUCAUAUUAUCCUGAUCGUGAGCGACGACCACGAGGGCCGGGCAGCGCAGAAGAGGCUGGAGACCCUGCUGGAAGAGAAGGAGACCAAGAAUAAAAACAGGAACUAUGAAAACCUCGACCAACUGUCCUAUGACAACAAGCGAGGACCCAAGGCAGAGAAAGUCCUUCAGUUCAAUCAAGACACAAACUUAACGGCGCUGCUGCAGGAAGCCAAGGAGCUGGAGGCCCGUGUCAUCAUCCUCUCUGCUAGUGAAGAGGAUGCUGCUGCAGUGUACAAAGCAGCUCGGCACCUGAACAUGACCGGAUCCGGCUACGUGUGGCUGGUGGGAGAGAGGGAGAUGUCAGGAAAGGCUCUCAGUGAAGCCCCUGAUGGGCUGAUUGGCCUCCAGCUCAUCAACGGGAAGAAUGAGUCAGCGCACAUCAACGACGCAGUGGCUGUGGUGGCUCAGUCCAUCCUGGAGCUCUUCGAGAAGGAGAACAUCACGGAGCCACCAAGGGGCUGCGUUGGCAAUACGAACAUCUGGAAAACGGGACCACUCUUCAAACGAGUACUGAUGUCCUCCAAGUAUCCCGAUGGUCUGACGGGACGGGUGGAGUUUAACGAUGAUGGGGACCGGAAAUUUGCCCACUACAGCAUUCUGAACUACCAGAAAAGCAGGCUGGUGCAAGUGGGCAUAUACAACGGCACUCAAGUUGUGCUUAACAACCAAAGAAAGAUCAUCUGGCCAGGUGGGGAAACAGAGAAGCCACGAGGGUACCAGAUGUCAACCAGACUGAAGAUUGUUACUAUCCACCAAGAGCCCUUUGUUUAUGUGAAGCCUACAAUGCAUGACGGAACCUGCAAGGAAGAGCACACAGUCAACGGAGACUUGAUAAAAAAGGUGAUCUGCACGGGCCCCAAUGAGACCAUCCCAGGUAACAAAACAGGACGCCCCAUUGUGCCGCAGUGUUGUUAUGGGUUCUGCAUUGACCUGCUCAUCAAACUUGCCAAGACUAUGAACUUUACCUACGAGGUCCACCUGGUGGCUGAUGGGAAGUUUGGAACACAGGAGCGGGUGAACAACAGCAACAAGAAGGAGUGGAAUGGGAUGAUGGGAGAGCUCCUCAGUGGAUUAGCAGACAUGAUAGUGGCUCCUUUGACCAUCAACAAUGAACGAGCACAAUACAUUGAGUUCUCCAAGCCAUUCAAAUACCAGGGGCUGACCAUACUGGUGAAGAAGGAAAUCCCACGCAGUACUUUGGACUCCUUCAUGCAGCCCUUCCAGAGCACGUUGUGGUUGCUGGUGGGGCUGUCAGUGCAUGUAGUGGCAGUCAUGCUCUAUCUACUAGACCGAUUCAGCCCAUUUGGACGGUUCAAAGUGAACAGUGAAGAAGAGGAAGAGGAUGCUCUGACAUUGUCAUCUGCUAUGUGGUUCUCUUGGGGAGUGCUGCUGAACUCGGGCAUUGGAGAAGGGGCUCCUCGCAGUUUCUCGGCGCGCAUUCUGGGCAUGGUGUGGGCUGGCUUUGCCAUGAUCAUCGUUGCCUCCUACACUGCUAACCUGGCUGCUUUCCUGGUGUUGGACCGGCCAGAGGAGCGCAUUACUGGGAUCAAUGACCCUCGGCUGCGCAACCCUUCGGACAAGUUCAUCUACGCCACGGUGAAGCAGAGCUCGGUGGACAUCUACUUCCGCAGGCAGGUGGAGCUUAGCACCAUGUACCGUCACAUGGAGAAGCACAACUACGAGAGUGCGGCCGAGGCCAUCCAGGCUGUCAGAGACAACAAGCUGCAUGCUUUCAUCUGGGACUCGGCAGUGCUUGAGUUCGAGGCAUCGCAGAAGUGUGAUCUAGUCACAACUGGAGAGCUCUUCUUCCGCUCCGGCUUUGGCAUCGGCAUGAGGAAGGACAGCCCCUGGAAACAGAAUGUCUCCCUCGCCAUCCUCAGUUCUCAUGAAAAUGGCUUUAUGGAAGACUUGGACAAGACAUGGGUCAGAUACCAGGAGUGUGACUCGAGGAGUAAUGCCCCAGCUACACUCACCUUUGAAAACAUGGCAGGAGUCUUCAUGCUGGUGGCUGGGGGCAUUGUGGCAGGCAUAUUCUUGAUAUUUAUUGAGAUCGCGUACAAGCGCCACAAGGAUGCCCGCAGGAAGCAGAUGCAGCUGGCUUUUGCUGCAGUCAACGUGUGGAGGAAGAACCUGCAGGACAAUAAGGAGGUUCCGGGGAGGGAAGUACUGGGCCGGGCCGGGACUCCGAGAUUACCCUCUACCUCUCUAGAGAAACAGGAUGAUAGAAAAAGUGGUAGAGCAGAGCCCGACCCCAAAAAGAAAGCCUCUUUUAGGUCCAUCAGUUCCACCCUGGCCUCCAGCAUCAAGAGACGUAGGUCCUCCAAAGAUACGCAGUAUCACCCUACCGACAUCACGGGCCAGCUGAACCUCUCCGACCCCUCGGUCAGCACUGUAGUGUGAGGACGAGGCCCAGUCCAGGGGCAAGGGGAGACCAGGAAGAAGACACUUACUGCCCUCUCCAUCCCAGCACACAGUGAAUCUGCCUUGUAAUGGACUCAGUCACAGGUCAUGACACUCUGGAUGCUCAGACGAUGUAAUAAAUCAGUAACAAUCUGUAGCUUAUUAUUUUGUGAAUAUCAAAUAAUAAUUCUCACUUAAGUUUAGACUUUGUGCCUACAGCACCUAUUGUCUGUAGUGUGUCAAUAAUAAUUAUCUUUUUGGCACACUUCACUCAAAGCGCUUUACAGGUAAUUGGUACUCCCCUCCACCACCACCAAUGUGCAUCCAAAGUAAUGUUUUUGAACUGUAUGUUACUGAGAGAUUCUUGCUGAGAUCUCUCUUCUGCAUUCCAGUUGUAUUGAACAAAAUCUUCAGAAAACUAUUAACCCAAAUUCUGCAACAAGACCCAAUGGUAACCAUGAGGUCUCCUGUAGCUCUUCUGACAAACUGAGGGCAAAUGGAAACAAAAAUGGACUUUAAUUUUUAAACUGUAUAGAUUGUGUAGACUAUGAACAAAAGGAUGUGAUUUUUAGAUUUAAGGGGCUGCAUUGUUUUUGCUGCAUUGGAUUCUGUGACAUCCUUGUAUCUAGUCUUUCACUGUCCUGUGCUGCUGCCCCCCCCCGACACACACUGUGCACUGUAGGAGGGGCACACACUAGAAACAGACUACUGCAGCAUUUCUGUCUUCAUUUAGAAGCUUUUGUGAUAAUACUGUAUUUUCAAAUCUGCAAUGUAAAUAUUUAAAACUUGUAGAAAGCUGAGUAAUUAUUUAUUAUUAAUGCAACGUAAUAUUCCACUUUUAAAAGAAGCAGGAAGGAAGACAUGAAAAGGGCAGUAGCUCAGUGCACCUGGGUGGCUCUGGCGGGUGAGUUAAGAUGAACAUGCUCUGGUUGGCCAUGAACCUGACUGCUUCAGCUUCUGUAGGCCUGGAGCCUGUAAAAGGAGCAGUACUGAUGGACACAGAAUGACAGCAGACUGUCCCUUUCAAAGUCUUCCAGAUAAGAGGUGACAGACAUUCCUUGACUGGUCCUUGCUCUCCUAGGAGUCUGAGCCCAGAAGAGACGAUUCGAGCACGGUUGUGGCUAAUAUUCCAGUUUAAUCCUGAACCUUUAUUACGCUUAUGGACAGCUCUUUAAAAUUUUAAUGUGUAAGGACUGAUGCAGCUGAAAUGAUCUGUGUACUGCAGAGGCAGAAAAUAGUCCAUUUGUGUUCACUAUGAGCCUAAGGUUACUAGUGUCUGCUGAAAACAAAAUGUACAUUUGUAUGUAAACAAUGUUUCCAUUUUGAAGACAUGAUUAUAUUUGGAAUUGACUUUUUUCAUGUCUAUGUGUGAUAUACUGUAUAUGACUAAUGUUCUACAACAGGUGUCAGCCUUGCUCCUUCAUUUCUAGAUAUAUGUACACAACUGUAUAUGACUUGACAGUAAAAGGCAUUAAGUUA